ACUACCGAUACUAAUGUUAGAAUAAACUGUGCUUCGGAUAUUAUAAUCACGUUUUAAUGAAAUGACGGAUGUAACAAAUCAGAUAAAAAUAGAAAAUAAAUAUUUCGAUAUAGAUUUCUAUUAUUUAGUUCUUAAUAAAAUAGUUUUAUAUAUAGUUGUCUUUUAUAAUAUUUGAAUAUUUUAAAAGCAGUUUUAAAAUGUCGAUUGAAAAUAUUUGUAUCGAAAAUAAACAUGCAAAUUUUACUGAGACAAUCGAAAGUCUCAGUUCGUGUAAGCAGUUCUCCAAUAAAUUAGACAUUUCUUUUGAAAAAAAUAGUGAAUACAAGGAAACAGACAAUAACUUUGUUAUUCAUCUUGAUGAUGGGGAACAUCAAGGAAUAGAAAAACUAACGUCAGUCGUUGACAUUUGUCGUAUUUGCUUAGAGAAUAGCGAUAACUUAAUAGCACCUUGCGAAUGUUCAGGAACAAUGAAAUAUGUUCAUGAAAGCUGUAUAGUAAAAUGGCUUACACAACCAACAGAAAAAAAUUUAGGUGUGAAAUCUACAUGUGAGAUUUGUUUAUCCGAAGUUGUUGUAAAACCUUUGGGAUAUAAACCAAUUUAUAAGUGGACAUUUCCUAAAAACAGCUUUGACUUUAUGGUGUAUGCAUUUACCCUGUAUACUUUAAUUGUGUUGGCAUUUUUAGUGUUAGUUUUUUGGAUGGUGAGUCAAAAAUGUCAUACAUCAACUUGUUUAUCUCUAUAUACUAUAUGCAUUAUUGCCUUUGUAUACUUUUUGUAUCACUGUAAGAGAGAAGAUUACCCCCUAAAGUUAAUUAGAUCCAUUUUGUCAGCAAAUCAAGUAUGGAAAGUUUAUCACGUCUAAAUAUGUUUAACUAAAAGUAAAUUUAUAAAAAAUGAAAAUCUUAAGCUAUUGCAUUUGAUGUAACAAUAAAUAAUGUUUGCAUCAAGCCUAAAAAUCAAUAACUGCUUCAUUGAAUUUUAAAAUUCUAGAACAAUCAACACAGCUUGCAUCAUAUCUGACCGAAGAAUUUUAUCGAUUCGCGAACGUAAUACACAAGUUGUGCAUUUUUAAUUACAAUACAAGCAUAAACGUAAAGCUACCUUAGAAGUUCUAAAGAUAUUCAGAUAAAUGUUUCAUUGAAUAAUCAUCAGCGAUAAAGCUGAUUUUUUAAAUUAUAAAUAGAUGUAAUAUUCAGUUCUAUUAACAAUAUUAUGAGUCAUAUUGACUAAAAAAUGUAUUGCUGAAACUCCGCUAAUAGAUGAUCCUUAGAAACUCCAUAGACUUUUAAUUUGCUAUAGCAAUGGAAAUCAGAGAAUUGUUUUUUG